UGCUUACGAGUUCAGAAAUAUAAUAUGUAUCAUCCUACUAGAGGUGGAGUUCGUGGUGGUCGAGAUCAGUUUAGUUGGGACGAUGUUAAGAUUGACAAGCAUCGUGAGAAUUAUCUUGGCCACAGUAUCAAGGCCCCUGUUGGUAGAUGGCAAAAAGGUAAGGAUCUACACUGGUAUAACAGAGACAAAAAAACAUGGAGUGCCGAAAUGGUUGCAGCAAAAGAAGAGAUUCAAAGAAUUAAGGAGGAAGAGGAUCAGGCUAUGAGGGAGGCUCUUGGACUAGCUCCUAAGCGUGCAAACCAAGCUCAAGGUAAUCGACUUGAUAAGCAUGAGUUCUCAGAACUUGUGAAGCGAGGUUCUACUGCAGAGGACUUGGGUGAAAGGCAUGCAGAAGCAGCACACAUACAUGGUCUUGGUUUUUCAAGAGCACCUGCCCCUUGGGAUGAUUCAACUUCUCUUCAACCUACAGUCAAUGGAGGUGCACCUGAAAUAGGGGAUAUUCCUGCGCCUAAGCUUCCACCAAAAGAAACUGUUGAAGAGGAGUCCGAGGAUGAAAGCAGUCGGAGGAAAAGGAGGCAUGAAGAGAGGAAGCACAAGAAACAUGAGAGGCGUGAGAAACGCGAGAAGCAUGAAAAAGGGCAUUCCUCAGACAUGAGAAAACAUAAGAACGACAAGGAGAAGAGGAGAUGUGCUUAG